AGAGGGACAAGAUGGCGUAGAACAACGACUACUGUUGUUACGAUGUCUUGUAACAUCGUUUUACAAGUACAUUAAGGAUAGUUCGGCAACGGUUUAUCAACAGGAUUGUGUAUAUAUUCAUCAGGAAUCUCGUGUAAUAGUCAGGGUGCCUGAUGCAUCGUAGAAUUCAUGUAAUCUUCGAACAUUUCUGACGACUGACUGAUGCACGGGCGUAACGUUGGACUUCUAAAUCUUCAAGUUCAACAAGAAUUUUUAAAGGACUUUCCAACUUCUAAAGUGACCGCUGCAUUGGUUGACUGCGCUCCAGGAGAAUCGUGGGGAACCAGCAGAGAGUAAUCUUAACUUGGACUUGGAGAAAAAAAUUAUCACGACGAACUGCACCCGAUGCCACGAACCCGUACACCCACCGUUGUUAGCAUAAUUCUGGCCUUUGGGGCAUUAUCUAUAGGGGUUAGACAAGUCCAGUCACCACCCGUACCCCUAUCCGACGAAAAGCUGAAGCCAAGAUCCGUUGGAUGUGCCCCAUACACUCGCUGGGAUCCUUCAGGUGAAACAUGUGUUAGCUGUAGUCCUGAAGACUGUCUCCCAGGUGAGGAGCUGAGGGAAGACUGUGGGUAUAAUGAAGAAGGGUACCCUGUUGCAAACUCCUGUAGGACAUGCCCCAACGGUACAUACUCCGCAACUGGAGGUCAAAAACAAUGUCAGGCCUGUAAGACCUGUUCGAGUGGUUAUGAACAGGAAUGUAACCCAAAACAGCCCGCGGUGUGUCUGUGUGCUGAUGAUGAAGAACUAUCCCCUGAUGGGACCACCUGUCAGAAGAUAUGCUGCUUAUGCUGGUCUGAUCCAAACCCAAGUGAUAUAAUAAAUGAAUGUUUCCAACGGUAUCCGGGCACUGACUAUCACUGUAAAAACAGUUGGAGCACGGGGAACACAUGUACAAGACCCCCUGAACCGACAACCACUACUGUGUCCCCAACCACCACACCACAACAAACAACUGUAAGGAAUACAUCUACCGGUAUUCCCACACCUGAUACCACACAUUCUAGUGAGGCACCUCCAACUUUCCCAGUAUCAUCUACACCAUCCAACUCACCGAGUGAACCAACCACUAAUCAUACAGGAACCUCUAAGCCACUCCCAAUACACAAAGGCAAAGAAGGGCUGCCAUGGCAUGUGUUUGUGAUUGCUGGUACAUGUAUUGCUGGAGUGCUUGGAAUCAUUUGCUGUUGGAAACGGGAAAAGAUAGCAGCACACCUGUUCAAGACUAACGGGUUUGACAGACUGAUUGGAGCUGAAUCAGAUGGAGAAGAAGGAGACUAUGGAGGAGCAGGAGUAGUAUAUGGAGGAGGACACUAUCGCGGAGCAGGAGUACCGGUAGUAUAUGGAGGAGGAGAAUAUGGAGGACACCCUGAAGGCCAAGAUGAAGAAGUGAACAAUUCAGAUGGUGCAGACAGUGGAAACGUGUCCAAUGAGUCAUCUGAUGCAGGAAGUGACAAACGAGACAGUCAGUGCAGCUCUAAAGACUCACUGCUUGACUCAGAAGGUGGCCAAGAAGAGGAAGGUACUCAAGAGGGAGAAAGUACUGAUUCUGGGGAUAGGGAGACUUUGGACAACGAGAAUGAGAAGACAGUUCCAAAAGAAGUAGAAUCAGAAGAGACCAUGGGCUUUGCGGGGAGAAUUGAGGGACCCCCUAAUGAUGGAAAGGGUCUAGAGGCAGUACCAACUGGUGGUGGACCGAAUAGGCCGAACCAGCAACAACCAGGGGGACAGAAUGGGCAGCCAGCAGUCAACAUUUCAGGUGGUACCUUCAAUGGCCCUGUGACCAUUGUUGUCCAAGGAAACAAUUCCCAUUACAAUGCAGGACAAGGAAUGGAUGGUCAGGGUCAAGGGACCCCUGGCAAUGGUAAUGGUAGGGUUGGGAACAGGAGACGGCAGAACAUCCGAGUUAACAUCCUGCCAAACCCUGCAAGACUAGGUCAGAACGUGCGUUUCAGCUGUACCUUACCAGACAACUUGGAUCCUGGCACCUGUGAGUUCAGGUGGACGAAGCAAGUUGACUGUGUGGCCCAUGUGCAAAACUGGAACAGAGCUGUUCAGCACUGUGAUGUCGGUGUGUACACCUGUGAGGUCACAACAUCCGGGGGAGAGGUGCUGGAUGGUCAAGCUGAGCUGGUCAUCAUUGAGGACGAUGCUGCAGGAGGGGUUGACUUGCCUGGCCCUAGUCGUAGGCCAAGAGACAAUGACAGUGACGGUCACAAUACACCUAGGAAGAGGCCGCGGACUGCAGGGCCUGGUACUUCAGGUGCCCAGGGCUUCUCAAGCGGACAGAUACAGGGUAUCCAUCAACUGCCUUUGGAAGCAAUCCUGAAUGAAGAAGAUCUGUUAUAUAAUCUUAGGAUAAAGCUAGAGCAGUCUGACAGGCACUACAGAAAUAUUGGGAGCCACUUUGGUCUAACGCAUGAAGAACUGGGCUUUAUAGAGUUUACAGAACUUGGUGGCAAAGAUUCGCCUUUGAGGGCAAUCUUACAAAAGGUGAUCCAAAAUAAUGCAAACAGAACAGUAGGGGAGCUUCUCCAAUACUGUGAUGAAACACUAAAAAGGAGAGAUGUGGUCAAGACAGUUGUUGAGUACUUUGUAGAAAAAGAACAGAAGAAUCAGGAAGUUGACAUGGAAGUGAAAGAAAGUGUAGUUGAGGAUAAUUUGCAACAAACAGAAAAAUGCUGCAAAAAAGACAAUGUAGAUAGUGAGAUGAAGGAGGUAGGCUCACAAAGUGCUGCUAUGGAUGUGCCUGAAGAAAGCCUGUCAGACUCUGAGUCUUCUGUAGCACACAAGAAAUUAGGGACUUGUGAUUUUAACACAGAGGCUAUUGAGCUGGUAAAGAUUCCGUCAUAGUGACGGAUAGGAAGGUCGGCAAAAUUUUACUAUACAUGAGGCCACACCAAUCUAAUUUCUUGGUUAACGGAUUCGCCCGCUUCAUUUUUUUCUGAUUUGCAAAUAAAAAUAAAAAUUCA